AUGGCUUCACCCAGUCCAAGUAUCAGUGAUACUCCUACACCAGGACCAGUAUCUGAAUCAGAAGCACCAGAAAAUGUUCUAUUAAAAACUAGGCGAAAUAGAAGUCGAAGUAAUAGUUCAUCAUCUGUUACCAGCAGUACUAAUAGUGCCAAACAGCUACGUGAUGGCCGUAAACGUGAUGAGGGUGGAUUCCGAAUCAAGAGACAGCAAAUUGAAUCACAAAGCCCUAUUGGCAAAGGCGCCGUGGUAUCUAUUAAUGACGAAGUAGCUCAAGGUGCACAAUAUAUUAUCGAUGGUCCAUUACGUCGCGUUCCACCGUAUUACUUCACAUACUUGACAUACUGCAAACUGCGAUGGAGAGACCGUCUGUUGUACGAUAUAUUUGUAACCGAAUUCCGGGAUAGGGACAAGGACUAUUAUGUAAGUUGUGGUGGAUCUAAUACCAAUUGGAUUGUGUGUUAUUUCUCUUACUAA